AUGGCGCUCUCCCGCGCCACAUUCGCGAAGCUCUCCCCGUAUCCAUACCUCCUCGCCAACCUCGAGCCCCCCAACAGCGACGUUCCGGCUGCCAGGAGCAACGGCCGGGCUCCCGGUGAAUGCAGGCCCCUGACGGCCAAUCUCUCGAGCCUGUCGCAUGCCCAGGGCAGCGCCGUCGUGCGCAUGGGCGACACGACUGUCGUUUGCGGUGUUCGCGGCGAGACCAUCUUGACUUCCAACAUCCCCAACCACCGCGCCUCCAACGCCGACACAGAGCUCAGGGACUACGACCUCUUGGUGCCGAAUAUCGAACUAGCCACGGGCUGCGCGCCUCAGUUCCUUCCCGGCGGCCCGCCGACGACACUCGCACAGACGCUCAGCACGAGGAUAUACUCUCUGCUCCAUAGCUCCAAGCUCGUUCAGCCGGAUGACCUGCGGAUAUGGCACACGCGACCCUCGGAGCGCUUGGCGGCCGACCAAGAUGCCAUGGAAGAGGAUGCAGAUGAUGCUGGCGACACGGAUGGCCAGUAUGUCGCCGCCUACUGGGUGCUCUACAUCGACAUAUUCUUCAUUUCCUUUGACGGGAACCCCUUAGACGCGGCCUGGGCGGCGACUGUGGCUGCGUUGAAGGACACCAAGAUUCCCCGUACACGCUAUGACGUGGACACGGAGCUCGUCGCUUGCUCCAGAAAGGACCCGAAGCCGUUGACGCUCAACGGCAUACCCGUUGCAUGCACGGCCGCCGUCUUCACCGGCAAGGAGACGGACCGGCCGGCCGACGGCAAGCACUGGCUAUUGAUGGACCCGGACAGGCUUGAGGAGUCUCUGUGCGAUGAGAGCGUCACCAUUGUGGUUGACGGCAAGGGCAAGGCCAUGAGAAUAUUGUCUCUCUCAAAACACGGCGGCGUGACGCUGUCUCCAAGCGUCCUCCGGUCCAAGGAGUUUUUAGGAUGGGCAGGCAAGCGGUGGAAAGAGGUGGCCACCGCUGUCACGAGCCAGCAGACAUAG